AUCAUGUAACAACUCUGCUGAUGCAGUAGUGCUUUAAGUAAUCCAGUCAACAUGCGGUUCUGCGGCCUAUUGUUUUUUGCACUUUUAUUAAAAGUUGCAAGGAGCGAUGUGACCAGUUACACGAAUGAUAUGAUAUCACGUUUUACACAUGAAAUUAAAAAUUGGAUGCAAACACAAGAAGAAUCUGAAGAAUUUCAACAGUUAAUACGCAUUCUAUCUCUUCCAACCAGCGCGCAGCGUGAUGACUGGCGUAGCUUCAAAGAUGAAAAAGGCCCAUUUGUUUGCAUAAUAUGUCAAUCUGUUUUAAAUAAUAUUUUAGAACAACGUAGGCAAGGGAUGUCAGCAGAAAAGAUAAGAUCUCUAGCGAUUAAACUUUGUAUUCAACUAAAUCUGCAAGGUGAAGAGGUCUGCGACGGUGCGGUAACUAUCAAUUUGCCAAUAAUUCUGCAUAUCGUAGAUUCGAAGCCAAAUUUAACGGCAUCCACCAUUUGUGGAGUUGUAUUGGAUUCGCAAUCUUGCCCGCUUAAUGAUCCAGAGUUCAAUUGGACAGUCAAUAUUGAUAACGGUCCGCCAAAAUUGAUCGAUGCGAAAGAGAGUGAUGAAAUCUUAAAUAUAGUGCAAAUAACUGAUAUUCAUUACGAUCCUAAGUACGAACCUUAUGGCAAUUCACAAUGUGGCAAACCAGCAUGCUGUCGAAAAGGACAAAAUGUCACAAAUACGAGCGGCCAAGUAGCAGGUUACUGGGGAGAUUAUAAUUUUUGUGAUAGUCCGUGGCACGCCGUUGUCGAUGUCCUAGAUCACAUCAGAACUCAGCAUCAAAAUAUUUCCUACCUUUACUUCACUGGCGAUAUAGUAGACCACGGUGUUUGGGAAACUACUAUUGAGGGAAAUGCAGAAAGUCUGAACAAGACCUUGCAUCAAAUUUACGAAACAUUUAAAGAUGUCCCUGUGUAUCCUGUCUUGGGUAAUCAUGAGGCGCAUCCUGUAAACCAAUAUGCACCCAAAACUAUUACUGAUGAAGAGAUAAGCACGCAAUGGUUAUAUAAGAUGACGUCUGAUUUAUGGAUUAAUUUCGGAUGGUUACCAGAAUCCACACGUUCUACCAUUUUACAGGGCGGAUAUUACACGGUUUCGCCUAAAAAAGGUUUUAGAAUUAUAACUUUGAACAAUAACGUGUGUUAUUGUUACAACUGGUGGCUAUUGUAUCAACCGCAAGAUCCUGAUGGUCAGUUGCAAUGGUUGGCCGAUACGCUUUUACAAGCUGAAAAGGAUGAAGAGUUUGUGCACAUAUUAGCGCACAUUCCACCUGAUAGUUCAGAUUGUCAUACUACAUGGAAAAGAGAAUAUUGGAAAAUUGUCAACCGAUAUGCCCACAUUAUUAAAGCACAAUUCAACGGCCAUACGCACAACGAUGAAUUACAAUUGCAUUACAAUGACGACGAUAAGAUUAAUAACGUCGCCUGGAAUGGCGGUAGUGCAACUGCCUUCUCAAAUUUGAAUCCUAAUUACAAGCUACAUAUUGUCGACAGCAAAAAUUAUGCAGUAAAAAAUUUCGAAAAUUGGAUGUAUAAUUUAACUUUAGCAAAUGCUAACCCCGAUCAAAGGCCAGUAUGGUACAAAUCGUACUCGUUCAAAGAGGAAUAUGACGUUUCCGACUUGACACACGUUUCGUUGCACGAUUGGUUGCAUAAAUUAUGGAACGACGAGGAUCAGUUAGAGAACUAUUACAGGCAUUUUUUCAAAAACGCCGAGCCAUCAUUGAAGAAAGAAUGCGAUGUGCAGUGCAUGAGAAAUUAUGUAUGCCGUGUAAUUGUAAGCCUGGGAGAUCACAAAACUAAUUGUAUUAACGCCGUUAAGUCAAAUUAAAUGUAUAAUCAGCAUCUUGAACAGUCAGCUAUCAACCAGCUAUCCUGUAACUUGAUUUAACUUGAUGCAUUAGCAAUGUAAAGUAAAAAAAAACAUCUUACUUUAAAGAAAUAAAUUUAUGAAAAAGCAACA